ACCAGUCUGGGGUCCAUGACUCCCGGUCGCCAAAAAGUUUAGGUGGAUGGAAGAGAGGCGAGGGGCAAAUGACGAUGCUUUCAUGAUGAUUUAUUCCCACGCUUGCGACGUCCACAUCCUCGCUGGAAGACGCGAGAAGGGACGGGAUGGCCUCCCAGUACGUGUUCCCUGCCGCAGUGGCAGCUAGAAUAUUUCUCUGCUUCACCUCUCUGCCUGAAUAUCUCAAGUACGACCAACAGCUAUCGACACCUCUGACAUCUCACCUUCGACUCCAGGAGGGCAUCUUCUUGUACAAGCAUGACAUAGAUCCAUAUGCAGGAGGGACUCUCAGACACUCUCCCCUCUUCUUGUCCUUGUUCACCACCCUCCUGCCAACGUCGCGUCUACCAUGCUCGGUGCUAUGGACGCUUUGCGACUUUGCAGCUGCAUAUUCACUGGUGCGAAUAUGGCGAGCGCGGCAACGCGUGUCAUCCAGCUCUCGCGAUAGCUUGAUCGCUAGUCUAUACCUGUUGAACCCUUACCUUGCUCUUCCAUCUCUCGCGCUCUCCACAGCAACUUUUGACAAUCUCUCGGUGUUGCUCGCGCUCAUGUUUGCUAGCGAAGGCCGGACUUCGCUCGCGCUCCUCGUAACCGCCACUGCCACCCAGCUUUCAAUCCCAUCCGCCCUCAUCGUCUUGCCUGUAAUGCUGCUACUCUUGACGGACCCAGUAUCCCACCUCGCUGUGCCGCGCAUAUUCCCCGUCAAACUCUCUCGGGCGAUCCCCCUCGCCACCGAAUACCUGGCGUACUCUGUCGCACUCAUGCUCGCGUGCACCACCCUCGUCGGGAGCUGGCGCUGGAUACCCGAGACGUGGGGCGCUAGUAUUAUGCUGCCCGACCUCACGCCGAACCCGGGACUGUGGUGGUACUUCUUCACGGAGAUGUUCGAUCACUUCAGGUCGUUCUUCCUGAUGGUGUUUUCGAUACACCUCGUGAUAUACAUAAUGCCUGUAUGCAUCAAAUUCCAGCACGAUCCUCUCUACGCAGCCUUCAUCCUCCUCGGCGUUCUGGGGACAUUCAAAGCAUACCUAAGCCUUGCAGACCCCGGCCUCUUCCUCAGCAUGUUUGCCAUCUUCCCUGAGGUCCACCCAUACCUCCGCCACCCAAUCGUGACCGCGCUCCUGCACCUGCACGCGGCGCCGCUCCUCCCGCUAUUCCACCAUCUUUGGCUAUCGGAGGGCACCGGGAACGCGAACUUUUACUACGCGAGCACACUUGUUCUGGGUCUGGCGAACGGCGCGGGGCUCCUGGAUGCCGUGUGGGCGGGCUUGCGCACCGCGAUCGGGGAUGUUGAGCCGAAGUACGAGGUCGUGCAGGAGUAG